UCGCAUAACUUGAAAGCGGCGUCUGCAGGAUGAAAAUGUUGCCGGAAUACUUGUUUUUCCAUUUUCCUCUUGUCAACUUUGAAACUUUUCUUUCGGUUUUAUUUUUCAUGGCUGUUUUUACUGUUUGGUUGGCUCCAGGUGGUCUCGCAUGGGCUCGUUCAAGGACCAGGACGCCGAAAUCUCUUCCUGGUCCAUCGGGGUACCCACUCAUUGGUUUACUCACCGUCUUCACUGGGUCCACACCUCACCGCGUCCUUGCAAAGCUUGCUACAGCUUUCAAAGCUGUGCCACUGAUGGCUUUUUCAGUGGGGUUGACUCGGUUUGUUAUUUCAAGUGAACCAGAGACUGCUAAAGAGAUUCUCAAUAGUUCUGCUUUUGCUGAUAGACCGGUUAAGGAGUCGGCAUAUGAACUGUUGUUUCACAGAGCAAUGGGUUUUGCUCCUUACGGUGUGUACUGGAGAAAUCUUCGGAGAAUCUCAGCCACCCACCUGUUUAGUCCCAAAAGAAUCGCUGGCUUUGAAAGUUUUAGACUUGAAAUUGGUCUUGAAAUGGUGGAGCAAGUCAAAACUUUUAUGUUUGAGAAUGGUGAAGUAAAGAUUAAAAAUUUGCUUCAUUUUGGGUCUCUUAACAAUGUGAUGAUGACUGUAUUUGGUAAAAGGUAUGAUUUUGAGCGUUCUGAUGAAGGGUUUAUGCUUGAGGAGUUGGUGAGUGAAGGGUAUGAGUUGCUUGGAAUAUUCAACUGGAGUGACCAUCUCCCUCUUUUGAGGUGGCUGGACUUGCAAGGUGUGAGGGGGAGGUGCAGAAGUUUGGUCUUGAAAGUGAAUGCAUUUGUUGGAAAGAUAAUAGAGGAGCAUAGAUUCAGAAGGCUUCAUGGUGUUUCGCAUGACAAAAGUUCUAGUGUUCGUGAUUUUGUUGAUGUCUUGCUUGAUUUGGAGAAAGAUGACAAGCUAAGUGAUUCUGAUAUGAUUGCUGUUCUUUGGGAAAUGAUAUUUAGAGGAACUGAUACUGUGGCCAUUAUGCUUGAGUGGGUUCUUGCAAGAAUGGUGUUGCAUCCUGAAAUUCAAUCUAGAGCUCAGGCUGAGAUUGACGCUGUUGUUGGGAAAUCAAGGCCUGUGUUUGAUUCCGAUAUUCCAAAUUUGCCGUACCUUCAAGCCAUUGUGAAGGAGACUCUGAGGGUGCAUCCUCCAGGCCCUUUACUCUCAUGGGCUCGCCUUGCCAUUCAUGAUGUUCAUGUGGGGGAUAGCUUUGUCCCAGCAGGAACAACGGCUAUGGUCAACAUGUGGGCCAUCACUCAUGAUGAGAAGGUUUGGUCACAGGCAGAAAAGUUCAAGCCAGAGAGGUUUAUUAACGAGGAUGUAAGCAUCAUGGGGUCUGAUUUGAGGCUGGCUCCUUUCGGGUCUGGCAGGAGGGUUUGCCCUGGAAAAGCAAUGGGUUUGACUACUGUUCACCUCUGGUUGGCUCAGUUUCUCCAGAGUUUCAAAUGGGUUGCUGCCUCUGAAGUAGACUUGACCGAGUGUUUGAAACUUUCCAUGGAGAUGAAGAAGCCUUUGGUUUGCAAAGCCAUUUCUAGGUUGGCCUGAAGAAUGAAGAUAUGCAUAACAGGAUAUAUAGUUAGGGUUUGCUGUUCGGGGUGUGUUAAGAGGUUAGAAUACGUUUUAUUUUGAAAAAAUGGUGAUAGGAUUUUGGGGUCUUAAUAUGCAGAAAAAUGUCCUAAGCUUAAUUUGUAGUAGUUUUUAACUUUCUCUGGUAAGAUUAAAAUAGGGUCUAAUCUUAAAUUUCUGUUAACUUCUUGUGCAUUGUACACAGCUUUUGUGUUAUUAAUCUUGGAAAGUUAGAAUGAAAGUAAGUUUUAUGUAGUUAUCAUGUUUUAAUUUUGUUAAAUUUAACGAGGAAAAUAAAAUAGAAAAAGUGACAAUUGACAAAGCAUCAGGACAGUUGGAGUUUUGAGGAAAGAGAGUUGUGGUGGAUAUGAAUAUUGAAUAGUGGAUGAGAAUCGAAAGACAUAUCCAUCUAUAUG